AUGGGCGGCGCCUCCAACUUGACCACCACGAUCUCGAGUUGGACCACUGCCGGCUGCCAUCAGGACGACAUGAACUGCCUCCGGACGCUCAACAUCAACGCCGUCGUCUCAGACUCGAUGACCCUUGCCGCCUGCAUCACCCAUUGCAACUCCAAGGGCCACACGAUCACCAGGCUCGAGUACGCGCGCGAGUGCUACCGCGGCGCGUCCUUCGUCAACAGCGGCGGCGCGCUCAUCGCGGACGCCACAACACAACUGCAUGCCCUGCUCUGGCGACUUCACCGCGCUCUGUGCGCGGCCGCGAACUCAGGCUCCGGCUCAGGCACCAGCUCCGUGACGAAGACCGGCACGGUGCUCGCCGCGCCGACUGGCUCGACUUCAACCUGUGGCUCACACGUGCCGGUCAAGCGGAACCACAAGCACAAGGCGUUCAGGCGCAUGCACGAGAACUUGGGCCUGUUCCGAGCGUGCGUCCCUCCGCGUUAG